AUGAGACCACUCACAUAUUUCGCAUUUACACUAUUAUCAGUUGUUAUACAAUUCUGUGUGAUGGAUUUUAUACAAGAAAAAGUUGAUGUUGAUGAAAAUCCAAUUGCCUACAAUGAAAGUUUAAAUAAGCAUUCUAUGGAUAUGUUGAAAGAUGACGAACCAAAUACCCUUGCGUUAUUUUAUCGCUCGAAUAGAAAUAGCUAUGAAAAGGUAACUGGAACAAAAUAUCCAAAUUCGUCUCUACGUAAUGUUUCAAUAUCAACAAGCACAGAGGUUGCGUUCACGGUAUUGGACGUAUUAUACGAUGAGAAUUUAACCACAACGGACAUUACAUUCACAACUGAAAUUACCUCAAGCACCGAAUUAGACAAUGUUACGGAUAUAACGUUAUUUGAACAGACUUCGACCACCACCAGACCUACUACUGGUACAAAGAAAACUAAACCUGGGAAUGUUUGUUUUUGUAAUUUGAUAUAUAAACAAUGUGAUAUAAAUUGUUGCUGUGACGAAGAAUGUUCUUUAAUCGAUAUAGAACAGUUUGAUGAAUGUAACAACUUUUGGCAACAUAAGAAACAUCCUUUAGCUUGCGGCGAAAGUUCCACCAGAAAUGGGUUCGGAAAUUUACUUUGUAUAGCUAAAACAAACUUGCCCGAUCAAAGAGUUGCAGAAAAACCAAAGAUUGAUAAAGCUACUAUAAAUCAUGAAUUUUUGUGGAAUGAGAUACACAAACAACCGGAGUCAUAUAAUUUUAAUAGAAAUAUUUAUAAAUUCGGUGAACCUGUUUGGAUACUAAGAAACAAAUCUAUUUAUUAUUUAGAUUUACCUGUCUCUGUUAUAAAUAACUACUGCAAUAUAAGACGUAAAAUGUCAUUUUUAAAUAAUGAGAAUAUUAAUUGUCAAGUAAAAUUAAAUGAUUUGGAAAUGUUUCGCGUUCUUAAAAUAGUGGAGAAAUCCUUUGUAAUCAGCGUAACGAGUAAAUCGUUGAACAACACAGCUAUGAAUUGUUCUUCACUCUAUUGCACUAAUUGGACGAUAAUUUACUGUGGCCAAGAUGUUUGUGUGCCCUACAAUAAAAGUUUACACUCACCAAUAUGUACAGAAAGUGUCUGUUUAAAUAUUGCACUUAAAAUUAAAUACAUUUUCAACAUUUACGAUUCCAAAAUUGUUAACGCCACCAUUAAAUUAUAUGCUCAAAAAAUAACAAAAACACAAUAUGUAAUGCAAGAAAUUGGCGUUAAAUUUGUCAUUGGCAAUGCUUCGUCAGAAAGAGUUGUGACUUUGAGUGGAAAUCCUGGCUAUAUUGUUGGGUUGCCUAUAAUAACAUCAUUUACAGAAGCAAAUCACUCUGACAACUUCUUUAAUAGUAGCAACGAAGCUAACUAUUUGUCAUACGCAGAAAAUAAAGGUGGCUUCUGCGUACUAACAAAGUUAACCAAGAAAAUCUUACAGUUUGGCAUUAACAAGAGAUCGAAGUGUAGAAUUAUAUUGCGACAAAAUUCCACUACAAAUGGAACAGAAGCUUGUAUUAAUAUACAAAAAGAUAUUAAUAAAAUGUCAGGCGUUAAUCGGGGAAUUAAGUUUUCACCUUAUGGCAACCCUGUUAAUUUAAAGGAUGAGGAUUGGUUGCCAUUGAAAUUGGAGCAUAGGUUUAUUUAUGGCGAAUUUCAAUCCAAAAGAUCUAAAUUACAAUGUCUCAAUAUGUGUACAAGAUUCGCAUUUGUAUUUUCUUAUGCCGAUUUAAGUGAAAUGGGUACGGAGAAUAAGUUGUUGGGAGUUAACGUGGAUGUGUCGCCGAGCAAUGUGACAUUUGAGUGUGAAGAGUACACGACUGUGAUUACUGUUGAUAUUAACUUUAUAAAUAUGAAAUCUGCAACUCGGCGCGACCUCGCACCACCUCCGCAUUUGAAUCUCAAUCUGCCAAGAGAUUUCUUUUUCCCAUUCCCUUCGAAUGUAUGCUCUAUUACUAAAUGUAACAUGUGUCUAUUAUUUUACUCGUUUUUCACAGUUCUGUUUGUUUUAAAAUAAAAUAACUUUGAAUGUUAACUA